GUCGGCGUAUACGCGUCUGUCAUCCUGCGCUCAUCAUGCAGCCGCCCCGCGACGAUCUCGCCCCGCCCAAGGACGAUCCGUACACGCUCGAGGAUCUGCGACAGUUCGACGGGCGCGACGAAAGCAAGCCGAUCUACGUCUCUGUCAAGGGCACGGUAUUCGACGUCACACGCAAAGCCGAAGUCUACGGCCUCGGGCGCUCGUACAACGUCUUCGCGGGGAAGGACCCCUCGAAGGGGAUGGGGAUGUCGAGUCUGAAGGAGGAGGACGCCGUGCCGGAUUACAGCGGGCUAAAUGAAGCGGACCGAGGUGUUCUGGACGAUUGGUACAACUUUUUCACACUGCGGUAUGAUAUCGUCGGCAAGGUCGUCGACCAUCCGCAGGUGCUCGCCCCAUUGGACGAGGCAAAUGUCGCUGCCUCGGCCAAGGACAAGGAGAAGGAGUCUGCUCCGCCGACUUCAUCUGCGUAAACAAACAAGAUCUGUGCUCUCGAUUGUUUCGUCCCAGCUUUCCUGUUGUAUAUCUGCCGUGAUGCUCUGUGUUGCUGUUGUCAUAGGAUUUCAGACAUCAAUAACAAGUUUUCUGUAACAUCUA